GCCAUCUCUCGUCGCACCGACUACCCGCUCACACGCAACCAUGAGGCGGGGGCCCCCCUCGCUCUACUACGUUGAGAUGGCGGCCAACAAGCUCUUCGGAGCCGGCCCGGGAGACCAGAUAGAUCCUCCAGACCCUAACAUGUACUUCACGCUGAGUCGUGCCGAGAUCGCCCAGCUGGACUCGACGGUGUACAAGCUGACGCGCGACCUGGAGGUCCUUCACCAGUUGGCGCAGGAGCUGAUCCCCGACCAACGGGGCUACCAAGCACUCUACACCGCCAACCAGAUGGUCAACUCCAUCAUUGCGGGGAAUGAAAGCGGAGCCAGUGACUUGGCUGAUGAAUACUUCCGGAAGGGCAAUGGGAGAGCACACUUGGCGGUUAUUGGGAACUGCCACAUCGAUUCCGCUUGGCUCUGGCCUUACUCGGAAACCAAAAGGAAGGUUGCACGUAGUUUCUCAUCGCAGCUGAAGCUCAUGGAAGAUUACCCUGAGCACUUGUUCGUGGCUUCACAGGCGCAGCAAUGGGCGUGGUGCAAGCAGUAUUAUCCAGAACUGUUUGAACGAGUGAAAGCGCAAGUUACUGCAGGGAAGUUCCUUCCAGUGGGUGGGACGUGGGUGGAGAUGGAUGGCAACAUCCCCAGCGGAGAAUCUUUUGUCAGGCAGUUCCUUCACGGACAGACAUUUUACCAGAAAGAAUUUGGUGUUACUUGCAAAGAGUUCUGGCUGCCGGACACAUUUGGUUAUUCUGCCCAGAUCCCUGCCAUGAUGCAGCACAUGGGCCUGACACGUUUCCUGACACAAAAGAUGAGCUGGAGUCUUGUGAACAAAUUUCCCCACCACAAUUUCAUUUGGGGAAGGAUGGAAGCACGGUACGCGCACUGGAACUCCUCUCAAAUAUCCCGUCUCCUGAUCAGGGUCGAAGAGGCCCUGCGGACGGUGAACAACCUACAAGACAAGGGCAGGGCCGGGAUUUCCGCCUUCCUCUUUGGCUACGGCGACGGGGGUGGUGGACCCACUCAGGAGAUGCUUGAGAGACGCCAUCGCCUCCAGGACACCGAUGGCUGUCCAAAGAUGCAGAUGAGCACUCCGGACGAUUUAUUUGGAGAGAGGCAGCACAACUUCUGCCGAUGGGUAGGUGAGCUGUACUUGGAACUCCACAACGGCACCUACACUACGCAGGCGGCCAUGAAAAGACUUUGCCGGGAAGCGGAGUUUCGCCUUCGCGAUGCAGAGUUCCUCUUGUCAGUGGGAGUGGGCCAGCUGGGCAGCGCAGCCGAUCAGCUUCUCAGCGACAUGGAUGAUGCAGGCAGCAACAGGAUAGAAUUAGAUACUGCUUGGAAGAAGUAUUACCAAGAGGCCAUUGACACUGCACUCUCUGUCUGGACCAAGGCUGGCGAUGCCAUCUGUGGAACAAGCAGCUCUACCGAGCAGGUGGUGAUGAACAGCCUGCAGUGGCCUCGCAAGGAGGUGGUCAAAAUACCGGGGGAAUAUUCAGGGAAAGACCUGCUGGGUGUUGUGCAGCGCACAGAGGCAGGGGAGCAGUACGCCCUGGUUGAUGCGCCUCCCAUGGGAUCCAGUCCCGUCCUGGCCAGCACCCCAUCGCGAGAUGUCACUAUUACUGAAGCAAAUGGGUUCUUCACGCUGGAGAAUGAAAUGCUCAAGGCCACAGUCAACCCCUGGGGGCAAGUCGUCAGCCUCCUCGUGGCUGGAGAUGACAGAGACGUCUUCCUCAAGGCGGACGGCACGCAGCUGUUGGGGAACCAGCUGGUGCUCUAUGAUGACGAGCCUCUGUACUGGGACGCGUGGGACGUCAUGGACUACCACUUGGAGACACCAAAAGUCCUCAACGCCGAAGGGUCUGGCUUCGCGGUGACGCCCGUGGCGGUCGUGGAGAGCGGGCCUCUCGUCGCAAGGCUGAGGUGGAGCGUCGAGAUCAGCCCUGCUUCUACGCUCUCUCAGGAGAUUGAGCUCUCGAGCGAGUCUCCCUUCCUGGUGUUCAGCACGUAUGUCUCUUGGCACGAAAACAGGAAGAUCAUGAAGGCGCUCUUUGACACCAACAUCCACACCAACAAAGCGUCGUUUGACAUCCAGUUCGGCCACCUGGAGCGGCCCACGCACAUGAACACGUCGUGGGACUCCGCCAGAUACGAAGUGUGCGGCCACAAGUGGGCGGAUCUCUCAGAACCUGACUGGGGAAUGGCCGUCCUCAACGACAGCAAGUACGGCUGGAUGGCCAGGGCGCACUCGCUGGCCCUCUCGCUCCUCCGCUCGCCAAAAGCACCCGACGACCACGCCGACAUGAAGGACCACUUCUUCAAAUAUGCCCUCAUGCCUCAUACAGGUACCCUGCAGGAGGCGCAGGUGGUGCGACGAGCCUAUGAAUUCAAUAACCCGCUAAGGCUCCGUCACGCCCCAACGUCAAGCGGCUCCUGGUCGGCGCUGGAGGUCGAAGGCGCAGGCGCAGUGGUGCACACCGUGAAGGCCACCGAGGACGGGUCGGGCGACGUCCUGCUGCGCCUUUUCGAGAGUCACGGCGCAAAGACGAAAGUCACAUUGCGCAUAAAGUUGCCAGUGCUCGCGGUGAAAGAAAGUGACGGCAUGGAGGGAAUAGGACCGGAGCUCAGCAUCACGCAGGAAGACGAGGCCACGUCCGUCCCACUCAGCCUCACGCCCUUCCAGAUCCUGGCGCUUCGACUCUCCUUCAGCGAAAGCAAAAAGGAAAACUAGCAAAUUACAUCUGUGGUCUUCUUGCUUGAUUAUUCGUAUGAAAUAGUGUUGUUUAUGUGUCGCGCAUGAGUGGUUAGACAUACAUGGACUUGUACAAAUAUAGAGAUUUUGUACUGUAGACUUAGGUCAUCACGAGUAACAUGCGUCAGUGAAGAAAACUGGUAUUAAUGAUUGUCCAUUAGUAGCUGGUUCAUGUUCAAAAAGUGGCAGAUUAUUAUGUUUCUUUAAUCGUCGCCACGUUUCAUUUGAUCUAAAAUAACUUUGCUAAUUUCUCAAAAUGGGUAAAGUGAUGAAUAUGAUUAAGCCACUCCAGGUGUCAUGGCAGCAUGGCCUGAAUUCUCUGAGGAAUGGGAGUUGGCAAAACUGUAUUUGCUGAUCCAAGUCAUUAUUUGUUUAUGGCAGGUUUCGUUAUUGAUUUUUAUUUCGAGUAGAUGGUUAGUAAAUAUAGUGUCUCUGCAAAUGAUAAUCUAUCUACACUUGUCGAAAUUUUGGCCUUUUAAUAAUUCCGUUCAAACAGAAAUUUACAACCGAUUUCGGAAUAAUUUGCUUUCAUACGAGAAGCUGCUGUAUGUAUUAAUAAAUGGGCGCAGACUACACUUGCAUGGGCGUACUAGCUUAUCCACUGAACCUGGCAACUUGUAUGCGUGAGCCAUCGCCUAGCAACAACAAAAAUCUUGUAUUUUACCAUAAUGCGCAAGUAAUUUAAAGCGAUUAUGUUGUGGAAUUCAUGUGAAUAUAAUACAAGAAAAAGCAAA